CGCACAUCAAACUGAGAACUGUUCUUCGCAUCACCGACAGUUGCCAGUGCUGACGCGUGCCUAAAAUAGGUGAUGUCUAGUGGUGAUCUGUCUGUUCGAGCUCGGGCCUUCUCCGUGUCAAGCUUAAUAGGUUCUACUCACCAUUCGGACGACGAAUCCAGCCCGAAUACAGAUGCAACCAAAUUGCAAUCGUUCGCUUGCCCCCCGACGAAUAAAAUGGAUGGAGAACCUACGUCGAUCCAAAACGCAGCAGCUGACCUUCUUUGUCGCGAAUUGUGGUUAGAGUUUCACGCCCUUGGAACUGAAAUGAUCAUCACGAAAGCUGGAAGGAGAAUGUUCCCGUCGCUCAAGGUUCGACUAAGCGGUUUGGAAGACGAUGUAUUGUACAUCGUAUACGUUGACAUGAAUUUAGUUGAUGACAAGAGACACAGAUACAUCUAUCAAAGUUCAAAAUGGGUUCCUGGAGGUCCAGGUGAUGUUCCUCACCAGGAACGACACUUUUUACAUCCGGACGGCCCACAGCUUGGAAAAUUCUGGAACAAGCAAAGCUGUGUGGCAUUCGAUAAACUUAAAUUGACUAACAGCCGUAAGCCUUCUCAACGUGACCAGAUACCCCUGCAUUCCAUGCAUCGUUACCAACCAACAUUAUACAUCCAACCGAUUCCUAAUGACUGCCGAGAAGCUCAAAGCAAUUGUUCUGAAUGGUGGAAGACUUUCUGUUGGAAAUCCAGUUCAGCCGCAUCGUUCACCUUUCCGGAAACCCAGUUUAUCACUGUUACUGCCUACCAGAACCAACAGAUUACUAGACUGAAAAUCGCCAGUAACCCCUUCGCUAAAGGUUUUCGUGAUUCUAACCGUGAGCCAAGAAAUUUCGAAGCGAGUGAGGAUGAAGAAGGAGCGCAUCAGAAUCACAAGAAAAUCCGGAAUUCAUUGAGCAACAAAGACAACAACGCAGGAAGUUUCCCGUUAGUGGACAUCAGUGCAUGGAAUGCAUUUCAUCACGCAGCUUUCCAACCAGUUCACCACUGGUGGAUCCAACAAUAUUCCAUACUACACCCUUUCCUGCCUGCAGUUCAAUCAUCGACUCACGACUAAACCGGAGAGGCCUAUCAUAACAAUAUUGUCAUCUAUUCUGCGACUCAACCUGGACUCAACAUUCGUUUAAUAAAUUCGGUUGUAUUUUUGGUCAAAUAAAAAUGUAUGUUGGCAUUCUA